GCUCCCGCGGCUCCUGUCAGAUGUCCUACACGUACGAGUGGCGGUGCAGCUGCGACUCGGGCUGGUUCGGCGAUGACUGCUCCCUGCCCCUAGAGAGCGACUGUGCCGAUGACAUCGACAACGACAAAGACGGCCUGCGCGACUGCGAAGACCCAGAGUGCUGCGGGACGCCGGCCUGCGCCGCCAGCCAGCUCUGCCUUAGCUCGCCCGACCCGGUGGAGGUGCUGCUGGGCAAGCACCCGCCCCGCAUCACCGCCUCCUUCUUCGAGCGCAGCCAGUUCCUGAUCGAGGAGGACAGCGUGCAGCGCUACGCCCGGAGCGAGGCCUUCAACCAGAGUCUUUUCUGGAAAAGCUUUAACGCCAGUCGGGCGGCCGUGCUGCGAGGUCGGGUCAUCACCGACGCCGGCUACGGCGUGCCGGGUGUGCGCGUCAGCUCGGAGAACCCCGCCGAGGGGUUCACGCUGACUCGGCGCCACGGCUGGUUCGACUUCCUGGUCAACGGCGGCGGCGCUGUGAAGCUCUGGUUCCGCCGCUCGCCGUUCCAGCCGGUCGAGCGCGUGCUGCACGUGCCCUGGAAUGAGAUUGUCGUCAUCGAUGACGUGGCGCUGACGACCUUGGCCGCCUCCGCCGUCUACAGUGGCCAGCCCACCUGCGCCCACCACGACUACGACAUCAUGAAGCCUGUGGUGUUGGCCAGCUGGAAGCACGAGUUCCAGGGCGGCUGUCCCGGCGAAUCGGCCGUGCUGGCCGAGUCGCAGGUGGUGCAGGAGUCGCUGCCGGUGCCGGCCACCGAGCUGCACCUGGUGUACCACUCGUCGCGCAGCCGCGGCUACCAGAGCACCAUACAGCUGCAGCUGACGCCGGAGACGGUAGCGCCCUCCCUGCGUCUGGUCCACCUGCGCGUGCACCUGCAGGGCGAGCUGGUCAGCAAGACGUUCGAGGCCGAACCCAACAUCAAGUACACCUACUCCUGGAACCGGCUCAACGUGUACAGCCAGCGCGUGUACGGCGUAACGACGGCGAUCGUCCGCGUGGGGUACCAGUACGCCGACUGCUCCCAGGUCAUCUGGGAUACCCAGACCACCACCAUAGCCGGCAGCGACAUCAGCAUCUCCGAGAUAGGCGGCUGGAACCUGGACAUUCACCACGCCUACAACAUUCCAGAAGGUAUCCUCCAGAAGGGGGACGGCACGAACGUGCACCUGCGCCAGCGGCCGCAGCUGCUGCGUACGACCGUGGGCGGCAGUCACCAGCGCGAGAUCGCCUGCCGCAGCUGCCAGGGCGCUGCGGGGCGCCAGCGGCUGCUGGCUGCCACGGCGCUGGCCGCCGCUGCCGACGGGUCGCUGUACAUCGGCGACUUCAACCUGAUCCGGCGCGUCACGCCCGCCGGCAGCGUCGAGACGGUGGCCGAGCUCAACUCGACGGGCGUGUCCUACCGGUACCACCUGGCGGUCAGCCCGCUAGAUGGCGCCGUCUACGUGUCCGACCCAGAGUCGUACCAGAUCCUGCGCGUGCGCCAACCUCACGCGCCAGCUAAACCCGCCGCCAACCUGGAGCCGGUGGUGGGCAACGGCGAGAGGUGUCCGCCCGGUGACGAGUUCGGCUGUGGCGACGGCGGUCGCGCGCGCCACGCCCGCCUCACGUACCCCAAAGGUAUCGUCGUGGGCGCGGACGGCAGCCUGUUCUUCGCGGACGGCACCAACAUUCGCGUGGUGGACCCGUACCAGAUCAUCAGCACGCUGGUCGGCAACAGCAUGCACAAGUCCCACUGGCGGCCGUUCCCGUGCAUCGGCACGCUGAGCCAGGACCAGGUGCUGCUCCGCUGGCCCACUGAGCUGGCCGUCUCGCCGCUGGACGGCAGCCUGCACUUUAUCGACGAUCAUAUGGUGUUCCAGCUGACGGCCGACUACCGGGUGCGGCUGGUGGCCGGCAAGCCGCUGCAGUGUCCGUCGCGGCGGCAGCGCAGCCCGCCGCAGCUGGCCGCCCAGUCGACGCUCGUCUCGCCGCAGAGUCUGGCCUUCUCGCCCCAGGGCGACCUGUACGUGGCCGAGAGCGACAGCCAGCGUGUGAACCGCGUGCGCGUCAUCCAGACGGACGGCACGAUUCGGCUGGCCGGCGCCGAGUCCAAGUGCAACUGCCGCGAGGACGACUGCAGGUGCUUUGACGAGGACCACGUGCUGGCGGCUGACGCGCUGCUGGGCGGAAUCGCGGCGCUGGCCGUCACGCCCGACGGUGCCGUCCACAUCUCGGACCAGGCCAACCACCGGAUCCGCACGGUGUCGGCGCCGCUGCCCGUCCCGGACCGGCGCGGCAGCUACCACAUCCACGCGCCCGACGACGGCCAUACCUACGUCUUCAACCGGUUCGGCCAGCACACGGAGACGCGCAACAUGGUGACGCGGCACACGCUGUACAAGUUCACGUACAACCUGAACGCCAGCAACGGCCGGCUGAGCUCGGUCACCGACGCCAUCGGCAACAAGGUCUCCUUCCUGCGCGACUACUCGUACCAGGUGACCUCGAUCGACAACCCUCGGGUCAGAAGACUGAUGGGCGCCCGGUACGACGCUGCCGGCCGCAGCACGACCUACGACUACGACCAGUACGGCAGGCUGCGGUCCACGUGACACCCCACGGGUCACGUGCUGCGGCUGAGCUUUGAUCUGAGCAGCAGGGGCGCGUCGGUUGUAGUCACCCGGGACGGCAAGGCGGCCGAGAGUCUGCUCAUCCAGCGGAGCACCGUCACCAUGGUGAACGGCUCCGGCACCUGGGUGACCUCGGUGUCGGCUGGCGGUGACCUGGAGCACGUGACGCCCUGGGGUCACGCCACGCUGACGGACGUGGUGACCUAUCCGGCGUUGGGCGGCGAGCCGCCGGCGCAGGCGCGCCGCCUGCUGGCGCCCGGCUCGCAGCGGCUCGAGGUGGCCGGAGACCCGGUCAACAGGUUCGAGUGGCUCUACUUCACCGAGAAGCAGGCGCGCGGCCGCGGCAGGAGGAUCCACCAAGAAACGGCGGCUGUGGGGCGAAACCUGAAGGUGAACGGCGACAUUCAGCUGACUCUGGAGUAUGACGUGGCGUCGUCGCGCCAGUCGGUGCGCACGCGCAAUGACAUCACCAUUCUGGACAUCAGCUACGAUCAGCUGGGUCGGCCGACGGCCUGGCGUGCGCACGGAUACUUCCUCGAUGUGGAGCUCGAGUAUGACCAGUUCGGCCGUCUGAGGAAGUGGAAGAGAGGCGGCCGGACCGAGUCGUACCGCUACGACCGCGUUGGCCGUCUAACGACCGUCACCGGCCCCGACGGCUCCAAGCUGCAAUACCGGUUCAGCCAGCCGACCAGCACCCAGCCGUCGGCGGUGGUGAUGCCGGGCGGCGGCGAGUACCAGCUGCAGCUGGGUGCCGCCGGUGCCGUGGAGGCGGUGACGGUGCCAGGCGGCGGCCGGCACGCCUGGUCCGUUCAGACCGGGCUCGGCCUCAUGCAGCUCACCUACUCGUGGCCCGGCUCCGAGCAGCCCUAUACCUUGCUGCUCAACGACAGGCUGCAGGUGGUGGAGCGUCGCCUGCCGGACGGUCGGCGGACGCUGUACCAGCACGACAGCGCCGGCCGCCUGCAGCAGGCCGUCUGGGGCACGGGCGACCUGCUGCUGCGCUACCAGGCCGACGGCGCCGCGCUACAGGCCGUCAGCGCGCAGGACGCCGGCUUCGACGCCGUCACCGAGUUCAGGCUGCACGCCGGCCUGCGCAAGAAGGAGGACAACAAGUUCCAGCGCGGCGACGACUUCCACAGCACCAAGUUCAAGUACCAGUACGACGGCAACGCGCGACUACGCAAGAUCAACGUGGAGGUGGGCAACACGGAGCUGUCGCCGAUCGUGCUGCGCUACUCAUCCACGCAGGGCACGCUGGAGCAGGUGGACGACCUCAAGAUGUACUACAGCCACCCCAACCGCUCGGUCGUGCACGACGGCGACAAGUCCUUCAGCAAGGUCACCAUGAUGAGCGGCUUCAACGAGCCGGAGCUCACCGUGCUCAACCUCCACGGCUACGACGUGUUCCGGCUGGAAACGGUCUACGACAAGGCGGGCCGCAUCAGCCGCGAAACGGCCGCCGUCGGCAACAACGUGGUGCGCAUGCGCUUCAACUACACGGCCGACGGCCGGCUGGCGGCGGCGGAGGCGCACGAGAGCUGGACGUACGAGUACGGCGCCGGCGGCAACGUGCGGCGCGUCACCACGCGGCAGGGCUCGGUCGACCGGCAGUACGACGCGUCCGACCGCAUGACACGCUACGGGGACGUUGACGACAUGCGCUACGACGCCAACGGCUUCCUGGCGCAAGCUGACGGCCGGCGCAUGACGUACGACGCGCGCGGCCGGCUGACGCAGGUGGUGGACGCCGCCGGCCGCCAGGUGGGCUACGUGUACGACUGGCUGGGCCGCCUGGCGGCGCGGCGCACCUCCGACGGCCAGGUGGUGCAGUACCUGUACGCCGACCCGUACCACCCGCGCCGGCUCAGCCACGCGCACCGGCCGGCGCAGGGCCGCACCGACACCUACCUCUACUGCCACCGCGGCCACCUGCUGGCCGUGCAGAGCGCGGGCCAGCGCCACUACGUGGCGGCCGACACGCGUGGCACGCCGCUGGCCGUCUUCAACACGCACCGGAGCGUGGUGAAGGAGAUGCGGCGGGAUCCGUGGGGCCACGUGAUCCGCGACACGAACGCCGGCCUGCCCCUCGACGUCGACCUGUUCGGCUGGGUGCGUGACCUCGAGCUGGGCCUGCUGUUCGACCCGGCGGGCCGCGUGUACGAGCCGCGCCUGCAGCAGUACCUGACGCCCGGCUGGGAGGCGGCGCUGGCGCGGCUCCACCAGCCCGAGGCGCUGCACCUGUACCGCUUCAUGGACAACGACCCGGUGAACGGGGCCACCCGCCACCCGCCGCCCUCAGACCUGCGCUCGUGGCUGACGGAGUUCAGCUUUGACCUGGACCGGAUGCAGGGCUCAGUGUACGCGCAACGCCUGGUGCCGGAGCCGUCUCCGCCGCUGGCGGUGCCGCAGCUGCCGGCCGCGCCGCGCCUCAUCUCGGGCCUGGCCUGCAUGGAGCGGCGGCGGCGUGCCGUCUUCUCCGAGCCGGACCAGGUGUCACCCGGCGGUCAGCUGGCGACCGGGGGCGGCGGCCGCUGGCCGCUGGUGCCUCGGCUGGCCGCCGUCGGGCCGCCACUCGGCGCCGGCCUGCUGCUGUCGGACGAGCAGGGCCGGGCGGCGCUGCGCCAGGCCGGGCCGGCCGGCGUGCUCCAGGACGUCAUGCUCAGCGUACUGAACGCCAGCCGGCUGCUGGACGUGCGGCUAACGGACGGCGACGGCCGUCAGCAGCUCUUCUUCCUGCGGCCGGCCCGACUCGGCUCUUACGGCGUCGGCUACAGCGUCGGGCCGCUGAGCCGCCGGUCGUGA